AUGGCUACUGUCAAUAGAGUACAAGCACUCCCUUGAUUAAAUACACGUAGGAAGAAGAGAUUCUUCACAAAAUGAUUGUAUAAUAAAGUGAGGUGAAAGAAAACUCACUUCUCCAAUACGAGAAUGCCUACUUUGAGUAAGAAAAGAGAUUUGACUCCAAAGCUGGAGCACAGUAACCGUAAAGAGAGGACACCUCUGUUUGGUAGAAAAGGACCAAGGCUUGAUAGAAAAUUUGAAAACCUUCUAAAACUGACCCAUAAAUCUGCUAUUCAAACUUUAAAGUGGAGACUAAGAACUUAUGAUGAAUUCUCUAAUGAUUUAGCAUCGCAAUCAAGAAAUAGAGAGAAGAUACCCAUUGAUUUUUAAAAUUAGCAUUGAGAAAUGAAACUCCAAAGGUAAGAGAUUUUUCUUUUAUAUGAUGCUUUCAUUUUGUAUAAAAAAUUUCACUUCAAAGGAAAUAUAUGGAAAUUUCUAUUUCGGCCCAACAAAUUAUCUAUAAAAAGAACAUUGAACAAAACUCAUACGGAACCUUUGUACAUAAGGACACAAGAGAUAGCUCUUCAAUUUUCCUUGUAACUCCCCAAAGCAAAAAGGGUCCCACAAAGUCACCUCAGAUGUCAACACCAACUUUUCUCCAAGCGAGGCUUGCUAAACAUUUAGCAUCCUCCCCAACUGGGUCUUUGCUGAAUUACCCUUCUCCAUCCCAGCAUAACCCUCUUUUCCAACCAAAGAAGAGAAAUACUUACUCUUAAGCUUCUCCUGAGUCUAAUGCG